CUGGCCUCAACAACAGCGCUGCGCUAUUAUGACACACACCUCCUAGUGACACUUAAAGUACAGAGAAACCCCGCCUUACGGCCACUUUUUUCGGCCGCUUAGCAAAAGCUGUCUUACACUUUCUUGUAAAAAAAAAAACCCUCGUUAAUACGGCCAAAUUUUUUUCGCUUAAUGGUGCCCGUAUUAACUGGAUUCCACUGUAGACGCAUCUGACCAUGCAAUAGUUGGGGUUUUACUAGGAGAGGGGCCCCUGUCUGUCUCAUUUCACAUACCAACAGCAACACAGCAAAAACUAUGCUCAAAUAGAGAAAGAGAGUCUUGCGAUAAAUGGAUAAAUGGCAUUGCUACUUGUAAGGUAAUCAUGAGAUCACAGCCCACUCAGACCACCAACCCCUGGAGACAAUCUUUAAGAAACCCUUGAGCAGAGCCCCCGGCAGAUUGCAAAGAAUGAUGCCGAAGUUGCAGAAACACCAGUUCACCGCUCGUUAUAAGAAAGGGAAAUAGCUUUUUGUAGCAGACACUCUGUCUCGCGCAGUCACCAGUUCAUGAUGGGGCGGGGGGUUGGGGGUUAGAGGGGGCUUGCGCACCCUGUACAUAUUUACAGAUGACAGCGCAUUAAAUUAUAGUACUAUUGAGCAGUUUUAGCAUUACAUUGACCUGCUGAUAAUUUUCUCAAAUUGCAUGUUUAGGUACUGUUGGAUUGAGGAAGGAUAUCUAGAGUUUAGUACUUCAUAGUUGUUUACAGUUUUUUUUACAUUCAAUUUUAUUUAUUUAUUUAUUUAUUUAUUUAUUUAUUUGUCAGGGUCCUGAUAAAACGAAAUGAUUUCGUUUUAUCAGGACCCUACUGUAAAACACUUAAGUGAAUCCCGGGUCCUGAAUAAAGAUUGAUUUUAAUUUAUUUAAAGGCCCCAAGCUGCCUGAGCCUCAGUUACCCAAACCAACCGCACUAAUGGCAAACCCGAUAAAGAAUAAAAAUGCAAAUGCCGGACUUGAACAAUACAAACAACUGCCGUCAAAUGUGGAGGUCAAAAUUGCGAUGGUAAACGGUAAGUAUUUUCUCUUUUAUAGUUUCCAUUCAUUUCGACGUCUAUAUUAAACUUACAAUGAAAAUCCACCAUGAAAAUAACUCUUCUUUAUGAUGCUCCUUCUUUCAGAUAAUGUCAACGCGGUAAUUAGAAACCAACAGGGUAAGCGCAGUUUUAAACAAACAAAAAAAUUAGCAGCCUUCAAAAUUCUUAUCGAUACAGCGCUUAUUUACAAAUUUUGUCGCUUAUUAUCCCAAUACUCUGAGAAGUUUUUGUUUAGUUAACUUGAUUUUAACCUCAUCCUCAGAGCACUGGGGAAGAGAUUGACUCCAUAUGCCUCUUCGCCUCUUCUCUACCCGGAGGGUUUUAAAUUUCCUGGACGUUAUUUUAUUUCAGAUCUGGCGAACUUUAUGUCCCAGAUGUUUGAAGGUAAGUGAAACAGCUUUUUGGAACAAAAAACUUGCUAUUUUUCUCCUUGAACUAAAAGAAUUCUGCAGUCCACAUGUGCGAUCGGAAUUCGGACUCGGCUGUUCUCAAGCUACUAAGGCUUUCGAAAGCAAAUGUACACAUCGGUACACUGCAUGGGCUGACCAGUGCGGCUGGCAGCCAUGCAGAGCAGACUCUACUAGAGUGUUCCACCUCCCAAUGAUAAGGCUAGGGGGAGCAGAGAUGGGGAGCUAUUUGGCAAAUUUUAUCGGUCUAUUUUAUUUAUUUUGUUACUGCGAAAGUUGAUAAGGCUUCCUGACAUCGCAUUAAUAUUUUACAAAUUCGCAAGACAUGUGAUGUUUACUUCAAUAAAAACUAAUAGGGACACUGAGGGUGCAGUCAGAAAUUGCUUUAAGCUUUCAAAGUAACUUACAAAAAAUGUGUCAGGUUCAUUUCUUUUGGAGCGAGAAGACAACUCCUGUUUGUUUUGCCUCCGUCACCAAUAAGUAAUAGGCCAGUUGCACUGAGAGGUCACGUGACCAAUGCUUCCUUCCAACGAUGCGUUGGAAUCUUGCUGAUGCCAAAAAUUGACAGAGCACAUAAAAAUUAUCUUACUCCCGAAAUUUGAGAGGAAACACAUUUAAGGGAGAUAUUUUAUGGCACUUUGAGUUUUCAACAAAGCAGUAUGAUUUGUAUUGGCCGCCAUGUUGGAGGGCAUACUCUUGCCCUCCAACAUGGCGGCCAAAACUACUUUUUGCUUAUAUCUUGUUAAACGUUUGAUAGUUACGCUCAGAUGUGCUGUAAACGUCACCACAUCAUCUUUUUAACAUUUCCCUUGAACUUUAAGUGCAAAAUUUGUGUUCUGAAAGAUGUAAUACUUAAUUUUAAAAAUCACAUUUUGGUCACGUGACGAGCUACGAACUUACUCAUUUUAAGAAAAUGGUGCGGGUUUGAAAAACCAAAUUUCUAUUAUUUUGUUUAAGAUAUGACCCACUAAUCGUUUUUCGAAGGCAAAAUCAUAUAACUUUCAUUUUCAUAAACAAGAUGUCACAUGACCUCUUAGUGCAAAUGGCCUAUUAAGGCUCUAUACAAAAGGUCUAGACUAAAGCCUGGUUUUCACUAGCGCGUAAGCGUGAGCAUAAGCAUAAGCACAAGCACAUAUGUAAGCAAGUGAAAACUGGGUCGACAUAAAUAUAAGCACAAAAAAAAACAGACAAGUUCGUUCUUCUUGUGCAUUUGCUUAUGCUUAUGUCGUAGCUUCGACAAGUGAAAACUGGGUCAAUAUAAGCACAAGUAUAAGCACAAGGCCGUGGACCAAUCAUAGGUCACUUUGACUCAGACCUCAUGCGAGCAUAUCAAAAGCAAUAUGGCGGACGCUUCGUCCGUCAUCUUGUUCAUCAUUGGGUUGAGGAGAGCUGGUAUCGAGAAUUGAGUCAAAUUAUGCCAUUCUGCGCGUGCGUGUGUCCUUAUGCUUAUGCUUAUGCGCUAGUGAAAACCAGGCUUAAGGGUGCGUUUCUUUGAGAUGAUCCGGAUUAGGAUCAGUGAUCUGAGAUCACUGAUCGGAUCAUGGUAGAUCAAAUGAACCGAUGAAUCCACUCUGAACAAGGAUUCAUCGGUUCAUUUGAUCUACCAUUAUCCGAGUGAUCUCGGAUCACCGAUCCUGAUCCAGAUCAUCCCAGAGGAACGCACCCUAAAUGUAGGCUGGCUGAGACGCAGGCUAUUGAAGUGGAGAGCCAGUUUCUUGGUUAUUUUUAGCCUGCGUGGCAGGCGUUUGAAAGAGAAGGGAAAGGGAGUUUUAGGCGCGAGCAAGAGAGGAUAAAGGGGACAGAGAAGGCAACCCCAUACACACCCUAUUCCAUAGGUAAUUCGUCUCGAGUUAUUUUUAAGACCGCAGAUCCCAAGGGGGAUUAGACAACAGCCAAUCACAUAGUGCGAAUGUGUUCCGCGCGGAUGACCCACGCUUAGAGCCACGCGUCCUUCACGAAUUGACGAAGAACAAAAUGGCGGAAGACGCGGAGAGCGAUAUUGCUAUUCGUUUUGUCGACGAAAACGACUACAGAGAGAUUUCUGCUACAGCUGUGUCAUCGAGACGGAAAUUAAAAAAGAAUCGCCCUUCCUCUCUUGUAUAG